AUGUCCUAAUCUCUCUCUCUCUCCCCCUGUUCUCCAACACAGGAAGCAACUAAAUAAGGAGGAGGCAAGAAGAAGAAGAUAAGAGUUCCAUCAGAGCAGCGGGGCAGGGAAAGGGCUGGUCCCGAAUCGUUUUCACUUGCUUCUCACUCCCUGUUUCAGAAAAGCCCUUCUCACUUGCUUCUCUCUCUCUGUCAUGCCGUCAUCAACUCUUCACCUUCCCUCUUUCUCUUUAUGAGGAAGAAGAAGAUGGCCUUUCGGUGUUAAUUAGACGAAGCCCGUUUGAAAAUAACCAAAGCCAAACGGGGCAUGGCUUUUGGGGGCGAAGAUGAUCUGCCCAGCGAUGUGGUACAAAUAAAGAGGGUGGUCGACCGUUCAAAGCAGAGCAUCGGCUCACCCAACUUCACCGAGACCAGCCUGGCCUCCAUCGAGUCCUUGACCAUGCCUCUUAUGCAGGAGGUGGUUCUAUCAGCUGACAUACGAUGUGCAGAGUGCCAGAAGCGAGUUGCUGAUGUUAUGUCUCGCAUGACCGAAACAGAGUCCGUUGUGGUGAAUGUGCUGGAGAAGAAGGUGACCCUCUCCUGUAAAUAUCCCAACAACCAAAAUGGCGUUAAGGGUCUUCGAGGACCGCGGGUCCCCGUUGUUUGCCGGUACCCUCUCAAGCUCAACAAAGUCGCCGCGAUCAAGCGGCUUUUCCGUCUCUCCUCCAGCUGAAUGUACAGAUCGAGAUCAAUUGUCUCCAUGUCCUAUGUAAUUGAAUUAAACGCAAAUGCAUGAAUCACAGGAUCAAUUUUGUUCGAGAAAAA